GGUGGUCUUGCAUGUAAUUUUCAUUGUUUCCUCUCUCUCUCUCUCUCUCCCCAUCCCCUCUCACUCUCAGUCUCAGUGAAAAGCUACAAAUAGGCCACGACAAAGCUUUUACAUGGGGGGUUGUGGAUAUAAUGUCGACUUCUCUUUCACUGUCUCUGCUCCAUCCUCACUCACCUCACAAGUUCACCACGUCACUGUGACUCUGAAAUUGAAAGUUCCAACUGGUUUUGAGCUGCAGAGACGGUAAAAAGUUGGACGUUUCUAUUUGAAUCGAGGUGGGUAUUUUAUGUGGAUUGUCUGCAACCGUGCUGAUUCACUCUUUAUGGAGUAUUGAAGCUGCUGGGCCUAUGGAGACUCUUUAAUGGGUUUUCAUUUCUUCUGUUGUUCUGCUCUGUUUGUUCUCAGUCAUUAAAUUUCGAACUGGAUUUUGGGUAAAAGUGCAAAAGGAAGAGAUGCUUUUGUUUCUUCAAUUGUGCUGGGCUCUUACGUAAACUCUGAAGCUAUUCAUUCCGUUCCGCCUGAUGGAGUCUUGGAGCUAUGGUUCUGAAGGGAAGGGUUUUGUAUUAUCCGAUGAAAUGAUUUCUCCUGCUGAUGCACUUACGAGAAGUAGAAAAAUGUUCAUGGGUUGGGACUUAAAACCCCCCUGUAAUUACGAAAGCACCAUGUUAGUCCAAGGUCGAGAGGCUGUCGAGAGCCAGGGUUUCAUGGAAUUGGGUUUCCCUGACAUCAUCAAGAAGCCACUUCCUGACAACCAGAUUGAUGGGUUUAUGGCAAGUAAGACCGAUAGCGAAAGAGAGGCAUCUUCUUCUGUAGUUACUCUGAAAGCAUUCUUUGGAGAAGAGGAAUCAAGUUCGAGGCUUUCGAGCUCUGUAGUGGACUCUAAUAGUCGGGACUCUUCACUCAUCGAUUUGAAACUAGGGAGAUUGGCCGACUACAGGGACUCAAAGAAUGGUGAAUCCUCCAAAGAGGCGCCGAUUCUGUCCUCCGUGAGGUCAUCCCUCCCAGCCAAAAGAGCCCGCACAAAUUUGAAUUCUCAGACUCCCUUUUGCCAAGUUCAUGGUUGUGACAUGGAUCUCAGCUCCUCAAAGGAGUACCAUAAGCGGCAUAAAGUCUGUGAGGCUCACUCGAAAACUGCCAAAGUUAUUGUGAACGGAGUUGAACAGAGGUUUUGUCAACAGUGUAGCAGGUUUCAUUUACUGGCUGAGUUUGAUGAUGGCAAGCGCAGUUGUCGUAAACGCCUUGCAGGCCACAAUGAGCGUCGUAGGAAGCCCCAACUCGGUAGCCAAUCUGGUAAACCUGGCAAGUUGCUUCCAUCAUACCAUGGUGCGAGAUUUUUGGGGGGUCCAUUAUCCACAAAGCCAUCCUUUAUCUGCCCAGACAUAUUUCCAAAUGGCAUGCUGCGUCCAGUGAAAUAUGAGACCAGUAACUGGUCAAGACAAGUAAAAUUAGAAGAUACAGUUUAUGGUCCUCAGCCAGCAAUACCUAUUACAGAUGGGAAUUUGCUUCCUAAGUCCUUUCUCCCUCCAUAUGGUGUAGAAAAACAAUAUCCAUCCUUGCAUGGUAAUGUAAUUGAUGCAACACCAGGAAGCAUUUUUCAUGAGAAUGGUAACAGGUACCAUGAUUUAGUGGGUCCGAAUUCUUCAUCGCGAUCAAUGUUCAGAAAUGCCUCAUCAGGAAGUGAAGACUUCACUGUUUUUGAUACAGCAUCAACCAUUCAAGGAUUAUCUGGAGUCUCUGACUCCGGUUGUGCUCUCUCUCUUCUGUCAGCUCAAUCACGGAACUCGUCAAGUCAUUCAUCAGGAAUUCCCAUGGCUCGGCCCCUGAUUAUCCAAGGCAGCCGAGCUCCAUACAGUAUUAGUCAAUUUCCUGAGAAGUUUCUAGGAGUAAGCUCACAGGCUUCAACAAGUGUAGCAUCAACUAGGUUUUCAUCAUCUGGACUGAAUGCCCUGGAAGUUGAUCAUAUGGAACCUGUACUGGUCUCUGAUGCAAGCAAUCCUGUUGAUUUUGAAGUGCGCACGGACGGAAUUUUCCAAGCAUCGGAUUUUGUGAGUUCUAAGGAUUCUCUCUCUCAUGACCAUGGCCCUACUGUUAAUUUGCUUCAACUUUCAUCACAACUUCAACGUGUGGAACGGCAGAGGCAUUCUCUUCAAGUAAAGCAGGAGAAUGAUGUCUUUUACUGCCUGCCUAUCACUUAGAGCAAUAUGACAAACUAGGUUUCUAAAGGAUGUGGCAAUUGGAUGAAUGCUUCAUCUUAUCUUUUGAACUAACAUGAACAAACUACUAGGAAACAGGCAAGGAGGAACUCCAACAACCACCGUGAAACCUCUGCACAUACUGGAAACUAUCCUUCCAGCCACCUUUGAUUCUGUGAACAAGUCAAGUGAUCAUGCCUUUUCUAAUCUGUGAAUAAUAAAUGCUAUUUUGGCUUUGGUACUUUAAUCUUUUGUGUACGUUCUCCUUAAUUUCUCAGGUACUAAAUUCUUUUGCUCUCCAAAGUCUGUCUUCUUUUUUUUUUUUUCGUUUUCCUUCUAGACCAGUGAAAAAAACUCUGUGCUGGUACAUGGGAGCUAAUUGAGUGAAUGCUAUAAACCAGGGCGUCAGUUGUGGGGAAAUACAGUCGUUGGAGAAAUAACAGACACUGCCAAUUUUGGAAUGAUGAUGUAUUUUCUUUGUAUUUACAUGCUAUGUUAGGAACUUGACUUCGGCUAUUUGAAAACUUUGACAAAUUAUUGUUUCUCAUGCAAGGCCAUAUUUUGGUUUAAGAAGAAUUGAGGAAAAAAUGCAGGAAAAGUUCCCAAAA